AUGCCACUAUCUGGCACUCAGUGGUCAACAUACGUUACUGCAUACUAUCGCAACAGUGUUGAAUACAAUAGAGAAAUUACUGAUUUCAAGAUCACCAGAGCUCUCGUAUUCAGAAAACAUCAGGCAGGUUGGAAAAACGUGGUGUCCCGCUCCAUUACCAUAGAGAUCAGGGAGGGCAGGGGUGUCGGUCCAGAGAAGGACCACGUGUACUUGCAGCUUCAUCAUCUGCCUCCUCAGCAGCUGGCCGCAAGGCUGCCCGGGAUCUCGGAGACGGCAAUGAUCUUUGCUGGAGUUGACGUCACCAAAGAACCCAUCCCCGUCCUGCCCACAGUCCACUACAACAUGGGAGGAAUCCCCACAAACUACAAAGGACAGGUAAUCGAUUACACAGAUGGUAAGGACAAAGUGGUGCCUGGACUUUACGCCUGCGGUGAGGCAGCUUGUGCGAGCGUCCAUGGGGCCAACAGGCUGGGUGCUAACUCCCUGCUGGACUUGGUUGUCUUCGGGAGAGCCUGUGCCCUCACUAUAGCUAGUGAGCACAAACCUGGUAAGCUCUGUUCACUGUUCACGGUUUAUUUAAUUCUUUCAUUGCACGAAUAGGGAUUGGUGUUUUCU